AUGGAUGACCUCACACCGUCUCAGAAAGCGCAGCUGCACGAGGUUGCUGAUCUCAUGCUCGAAAUCUACCGCACCCUCGCACGUAUGCGAUACCUCGACCCUUCAUGGAUCUAUGAGGGCCCUCACAAUAUUGAUGAUGUUCUCCCAAAGUAUCAUUCAUGUGGCUUAGAUGCCUCCGUAAUCUACCUCUACAGUAUCCUGCCUUAUAUAGAUACGGCUGGGGCAGAGGGAGUGGACUUUUUCCAAGGCGGUCAAUUUGCAGACUUCCGCCGGGAGGAGGAUGUGGAACAAGGCCGUGAUCCGUUCUAUGCCGACUGCGAAGAAGAGGCUAUGCGCCCGUGGAUGACGCCUCUAUCGAUGCUAGGCAAUCACCACAGCGUUAUCAUCUACGAUGCUCGGAGGCAUUGCAUAGGAAUUAUUGAUCAAGAGUCCUGCGGAAGCACUGAUCACAACCUACGUGGGGCACCCACGGUUGCUAUGCAAGAGACAAGUGAGGGUAAGAAAGAGGUAAGUGAGGAAGAGGUGCGCGAGGAAGUGAUGAGUGAGGAGGCAUGUGAGGAGGAGGAGGAGGACGACGACGACGACGACGACGACGAGGAAGAUAGUGAAGGGGGUGAAGGACUCUACGAUGAUAUGGAUAGCCGGCCGGCUGGUGAUGUCCUCCACGACAUCGUCCAGUGGUACCACGAACUUAUUGAGACCCCGGGGGGCGGUGAGGUCUCUGGGGGAGAGUGGGAUGCAGAAAUCGUCAAACCUUUGUACCGCAAACAUGGCUGGCCCAAUGCGAAUUUUGACGGCGAUGCUUUCCUAGUAGACCAGGCUCGUGCAACAGCCGCUAAGUUAGCCAAGUGGGUCUCAGAGGAACCGAUACGAGAAGUGCAAAAAUUCAAGGGAUGGCUGAAAGAUGAAGACCAUCCAGCCAUGCGGCAGCUGAGAGAUAGACUGGCGGGAGCUAAAACGGACGACGAACAGUGGCUCGCGCGUUGGGAAUUGUGGCAGGCGGAGCAAAGCAAUCGAUGCACUCUGAAGGAACUCCGGCAGGCAGAAGAAGCGAGCGACCAUGCCUGUCCGGAUGGACUAUGCCAGAAGCCCGAAGAGCUGCUGCUGUGGGAAGAGAGGCAGCUGCGCGAGGACUCCUGGUCGAAACAGCGCAGUCUGAAAGCAAUACAGCGGGAGGCUAAGCAAGUGCAGGCUGGUGAGCGAGACGGGGUGCCAGGAAUUCAAAUUAGGCUUCGUCAUGCAGAGAAGCAAGUGGCAGUUUAUCAGAAGGCGCAUGAGGCCAGCCGUCUAGAUGCUGAGCGUCUCUGUCCAGGGAGAUCUUUCGCUGUUGGUAGAGGUGUCGAGGCCCUAGGAUUCGACCUCAAAAAGAGGAUGGAGUAUUUGACUCGCUACAUUGAGCAGUCGCAGCAGGAGGUCAGGUUGAUGCGGGAAUGGAUGGCCCAACUGCCUGAAUGCGCCCAUCGAGCGAGACAGGCAGCCCAGCGUGCGGUUGAUGGGAUGGAGCAGUACAUCGAAACUUUUAUGGAACAGAGCCGUGGAGUGGCUCUGGCGUUGGAGAAAUCAUAUGCAGAAGGGCAACGAGAAGAGAAACAGCACGACAAACAUGACAAGACGACGUAG